UCGAUUAUUUUCCACGGUUCAUUUGAAUUCGUACGUUGUUGCCUUUUGUUUUUCUACUUUUACUUAAUUGUAUACUUAUUAUAUCAUAGUCCCUCACAUUGCUUUGCUCCAGUCCAGUGCACAUCUUCUGAUUAUCAAGUUUUAAAUUUCAUUCUCUUGUAUGACAAUUCUGUGACUUUCCCAGUUACCAUUGUAUCAAUUGGGUUUUUUUGGUUAGAGUGAUGGGUAGAAGGAAGCAAAGCCGGCCGAACCGAUCCGGUGGGGUAAUAUUAAAGAGUCUCAGUACUGCUGAUCAGGCAGAAGUUGCUGAAGAUAAGCUUUCAACCGAGGAAUCACGAAAGAAUGAGCUGGAUAAAGUUGAGAAACCAUAUUUUGUGGAAGUUGUUCGGUCUUGUUGGGUUUCGGAUGAGCACCUUGAUAUUGCUGAAAUUGUUUUAACAGAUUUGAAUUGGGGAGAAGAGUUUUCUGGUGAUGGAUUUGGUGAGGAUUUUAAUCAGGAUAGUUACUCCUUAAGGUUUCGAGUGUGCAACAUAAAUGAGCAUAUCAGUCGUAUAAAGUGUGGUGGUCAUUGGCCUGUGUUAUCCUCUGCUGAUAUAUCUUUGGAAUUCAUUAAAAAAUGUCCAACGGAGAAUAUGGAAAGGUUAUCUGUGAUUUUAUCAGGGAGUUUUGAUGGACCGGAUGAAGGUAUCUCUGGGCUUGUUCACUUGGCAAGUUUGAAGUUUAUGACACUGAGGCCAGCUCGGUGGGUUGGGUUUGCGGAUGAUAUGUCAACCAUCAGGGUUAGGGUGGAGAUACUUAAGAGUGCAUUUGAUGCUUGUGAGUCACUGCUGGACACUAAUACUAGGCAACUCUGGAAAAAAAGUAUGUUGAAUGUCAUGGCUUGGCUUCAUCCAGAAGUAAUGACUUCAGAGGCUAGGUACGGAGUCAGUAAAUCAACAGAAAUGGAAGCUGAUUUGCAUACUCAGACUGGAGAGGCUAAUUCAGGACCUGGUAAACGUGCAAGGUUUGAUGUUGCUGGGUUCUAUGAAGCCAUUAAACCAUCAAAAGCAGAUGAAAUGCUUCAAGAUGACAUGCCGGAUUUGCUUCCUGAAUUGAAGCCAUAUCAGCGCCGUGCAGCUUACUGGAUGGUACGGAGAGAGAAAGGAGAUGCAGAAAGUCUGGCCGAAGAAGAGAAAAGUCAGUUCAUAUCACCUUUAUGUUUGCCCUUGGAAUUUCUUGAUACAAGUUCAAAAAUUUUCUAUAACCCAUUCAGUGGAAGUGUUUCGUUGCAUCCACAGAAUUCGUCAGCUUACGUCUUUGGUGGUAUUCUUGCAGAUGAGAUGGGCAUGGGGAAAACUGUUGAGCUUCUUGCUUGCAUAUUUGCUCAUCGGAAGUCAGCAGAUGAAGACAACAUGAUUGCUGAUUCUGAAUCUCAAGCAACCGAGGAUCUGAAAGUCAAUCUUAAAAGAUUAAAAAGGGAGCGAGUUGAAUGUAUAUGUGGAGCUGUGAGUGAAAAUAGGUCAUACAAAGGACUGUGGGUACAGUGUGACGUAUGUGAUGCGUGGCAACAUGCAGACUGUGUGGGUUAUUCAGAGGCCUCUAAUGGAAAAGAAUGUGGAAAGAGUUCAGUGUUUAAUAAGUACAUAAGAAAGAAGAAUACAGCUACAAUAGUUGUGAGAGAUGGGAAAUAUAUUUGCCAGCUAUGCUCAGAGCUGAUAAAUGCUACUAACUCUCCAAUUGCUACUGGUGCCACUAUUAUAAUUUGUCCGGCUCCUAUAUUGCCCCAGUGGCAUGCUGAAAUUAUGCGUCAUACUCGUUCAGGUUCCUUAAAAACUUGUAUCUAUGAAGGUGUGAGGGGGACUUCUUUUUCAAACACAUCUGUAAUUAAUAUUAACGAACUCAUCAGUGCUGACAUUGUAUUAACAACAUAUGAUGUGCUUAAAGAGGACCUGUCACACGACUCUGAUAGGCAUGAAGGUGAUCGACGCCUCAUGAGAUUCCAAAAGAGAUACCCUGUUGUUCCAACUAUUCUGACCAGAAUAUUCUGGUGGAGAAUUUGUUUGGAUGAGGCUCAAAUGGUGGAGAGUAAUGCUGGUGCUGCCACAGAAAUGGCUAUGCGGUUGUACGCUAAGCACCGUUGGUGCAUUACAGGGACUCCUAUACAACGCAAGCUUGAUGACUUAUAUGGACUUCUACGAUUUCUUAAAGCAUGCCCUUUCAAUGCUUCUAGGUGGUGGGUUGAAGUUAUACGAGAUCCAUAUGAGAGGAGAGAUGCAGGGGCUAUGGAAUUUACACAUAAAUUCUUCAAGAAAAUCAUGUGGCGAUCUUCGAAAGCGCAUGUAGCAGAUGAGUUGCAGCUUCCUCCUCAGGAGGAGUGCCUUUCUUGGCUCACUUUAUCCCCAACAGAAGAGCACUUUUACCAAAGGCAACAUGAAACUUGUGUGACUUAUGCCCGAGAAGUCAUUGAAAGUUUGAAAGAUGAUAUUCUGAAAAGAAAAGUCAGAGGCUGUUCAGCAUCUAAUGAUUCAUCAGAUCCUUUCCUCACGCAUGCAGAGGCGGGAAAGCUGCUGAACACACUCUUGAAGCUUCGCCAGGCCUGCUGCCACCCUCAAGUAGGGAGCUCUGGGCUUCGCUCUCUACAACAGUACCCCAUGACUAUGGAGGAAAUAUUAAUGGUUCUUGUAGGUAAAACAAAGAUGGAAGGAGAAGAAGCGCUCAGGGGAUUAGUUGUUGCUCUCAAUGGGCUUGCUGGGGUAGCUGUAAUUGAGCAAAAUUUCACUCAAGCUCUAUCACUGUACAAGGAAGCAUUGGCUUUAGCUGAAGAGCACUCUGAGGAUUUCCGCCUGGACCCGUUGUUGAAUAUUCACAUUUAUCAUAAUCUUGCUGAAAUACUUCCAUUGGCAACAAACUGUUGCCCCUCAAAGGAACAGUUUCCAGGUAGCUCUACGGAAAUGGCCUCCAAGAUACAUGGCAUUGAAAAGUGUGAUCAACAUGUAGUGAAGAGGCGAAAACUGAGUGCGAAAGACAACUUUGCCAUUGGUUCUGGUAACUUACUUGAAGGCACAUCUGAAUUAUCAGAUAAUGAACAAAAGUACUUGUCUGCGUUCAGUGAUGUAUCUUUGAGAACAGCCUGUGACAAUAUUAAACAGAAGUACUUGUCUGCGUUCAGCUCAAAGCUAUCCACAGCUCAACAAGAGUUUAAGAAGUCUUACACACAGGUUUGUAAUGCAAUUAGUGAAAGAAAAGAUCUAAGUGCAGUUUGGUGGUUGGAAGCCCUUCUUCAUUCUGAAAAGAGCAAAGGCUUCUCUAGUGAGUUGACCAGAAAGAUUGAAGAGGCCCUCAUAGGAACUCUAAACAAUUCGAAGUCAUCGAGGAUUGCGUCCCGUUUCCAAAGUAUAAGUGGUCUGAAGUAUCAUAUACAGACUGGUUUGGACCAAUUAGAAGCAUCUAGGAAGCUGUUACUUGAUCGACUCUUAGAAAUUGAUCAGACGAUGGAAAAGCCAAAGGAGGAGGAUAUUCAAAGCGUGAGAUACUGUCGAAAUUGCAAGGCUUAUGAUGAUGGUCCCCUGUGUGUGCUCUGUGAAGUAGAUGAGUUGUUUCAGGGUUAUGAAGCAAGGCUCUUUCGUAGUGAAAAAAUAUGCGGGGGGAUGGCUACAUCAGCUGAAGAGGCUGUGGAUUUGCAGAAGAAGAACUCUGCACUUAAUCGUUUUUAUCAGAAUCUGUCGCAGCCAAAUAAAGAUUUAACGUCACCCUGUUAUAAAGAAUCGAAGAAGAGAGAGAGAGAUGUUGGAAAAGUUGUGGUUUCAAAAUCUCCAUCUGAAUUAGAGGUCGUUCUUGGAGUUAUAAAAAGCCAUUGCAAGGCCCAAAUAGGGAGGGAAGGUAUAUCCGAAGCCACCAAACACCUACAGAUUCUUGAGGGCAUGCGCAAGGAGUAUGGCCAUGCGAGAUCGUUGGCAAUAGCCCAAGCCCAAAUUCUACAAGCUUAUGAUGAAAUUAAUAUGGCAACCUCAAGAUUGCGCCUGGCAGAAAAUGAGAAUGAUAAAUCUCUUGAUGCUUUAAGUGAACAUGACUUACCUUCAGCUAACGUCCUAUACACUAGCGACAAGUUCACAUCCUUGCAGCAGUUGUCUUGCAUAAAAGGGAAACUUCGCUAUUUAAAGGGUCUGGUACAAGCUAAACAGAAGACGCCAUUGGAAAGUCCAAAUCAUUCCUCAGUAGCUGAAGAGGCAGCCACCAUGUCAACUUCUACCGAACAGAAAAAUGAAUGCAUACUUACUGGUGAUAAAGAAGCAUGCCCAGUUUGUCAAGAAACAUUAACCAUUCGAAAGAUGGUUUUUCCAUGUGGGCAUGUUACAUGCUGUAAAUGUUUAUUUGCAAUUACGGAGUGGAGAUUACUUAAUGAUAAGAAGGUUCAAGAUAAGUGGGUAAAAUGCCCAACGUGUCGACAACAUACUGAUGUUGGAAAUAUUGCUUAUGCUGAUGAUGGACAAAGUGAAUCUUCUCGUUCUUCUAUGCUUCAUGCAACCCAAAGUCGUGAAAAGGGUGAAGCAUCUAUUACAGUUAAAGGUUCAUAUGGUACCAAGAUUGAAGCAGUCACGAGAAGAAUCCUCUGGAUAAAGACUACAGAUCCAGAGGCUAAAGUCCUUGUUUUCUCAAGCUGGCAUGAUGUCCUUAAUGUAUUGGAGCAUGCCUUCACUGCUAAUGGCAUUACCCAUAUUCGGAUGAAAGGAGGAAGGAAAUCACAAGUUUCCAUUAGCGAAUUCAAAGGAGAAAAGAGAAGCACGAAAGGAAAUCACAAGAUGCAUGGCCAGGAACCAGACGUAAGACCUGUUCAAGUAUUACUGCUCUUAAUUCAACAUGGAGCUAACGGCCUCAAUCUUCUAGAGGCGAAGCAUGUUAUUCUUGUUGAGCCACUUCUCAAUCCAGCAGUAGAAGCACAAGCAAUCAGCCGGGUACACCGAAUCGGACAGAAAAAUAGGACCAUAGCUCAUCGUUUCAUAGUUAAAGGCACGGUUGAAGAGAGUAUAUAUAAACUCAAUCAGAGCAAGAACACCACUGCCUUCAUUAACGGGAACACAAAGAAUCAAGAUGAACCUUUUUUGACAUUAAAAGACAUUGAAUCCUUAUUUGCAACAGCGCCACCCGCUGUACCAGAAGCUGAUGAAAAGCCAACUGAGGGUUCCGAUGAAAAGGAAACUGAGAGUCUAAGGCAUUUGCCUCCUUCUGUGGCUGCUGCUAUAGCAGCUGAAAAGAGACAGGAGCAGCAUGCAUGUUCUUCAUGAGGGCUCUCACCAAUUUAUUCCAUUCAUCAAAAGCAGGAAGAGAAAAAAGGCAUUUUGUUAGGCGUUCUAACCAUCUUUCUGUUUAGAAUUUUAUAUUCAAAACUAUUAUGCUCAUGUAUAUAUGGGAUUUUUUCAUUAAUGUUGCUGUAAAUUUGUUAGAUGUGUGAUGUUAAUCUUAGUGUAAAUUUGUUAGAUCUCUCUCUCUCUCUCUC